AUGAUUACUCCUUCCUUUACGAUCACUCAGAAUAAUACGUUCGUUUCGAUUCAUCUAAAGGUGCCACACGUUAAAGCGUCAGAAGUCGAGCUCUAUUGUGAUGGACCUGACUUUACUUUCCACGCUAGACCCUAUUAUUUACGUCUUCAUUUUCCAGGUGAUUUAAUAGAAGAUGAACAUUAUGAUGUAGAUUAUACUGAGCUUGAAGAAGAAGAAUUGACAAAGAAAUUAUCUGAAAAUAUUAAAUUUGAUGAAAAUAAUUCUGAAGGGAAAAGAAUUUUAAAAUUAAUUGAAAGAGGAUAUUUCACACAUGUGCAAGAAACUUGUAAUGAAAUCAUAGAAAUUUCUGAUCCGGAGAAUUCUACUCUUGAAUCUCGUCGUCAAGAACGAAUUAAAGCCGAGAAUGAAAGAUUUAAUCCUGAUCACUAUAUUGCAGAUUUUAUGUGUGAUCAAGAUAUGAAACAUGUUAUAAAUUAUCAGACUAAAUGGGAUAUUAUACUUCAACAAAUCCAACAACAGAACAAAAAUUUGGAUAUAGAAUGUGAAGAAAUAAAUGAAGGAGAAGUGAUAUCAAUGAAGAAAAACAAUCACACAAUUGAUAUAAAUGAUAUUAAUGACAUUAAUGAUAUCAAAAAUGAUAUUAAUGAAAUAUUGAAUAAAUUCACCAACAAAGAAAAUGAGCAGAUGAUAAAGUUACCAAAUAAACAAUAUCUUUUACGAAAUGUGACAUCAAUAUAUUUUGGACUUGUUGAUUUAUUGUUUGCGUAUAGUUAUCAUAAUAGAAUAUAUGAAGGUGAAAUUAAUGUGGAAUCCGCGUGGACAAUAGGAAAAAUAAGUCCUACGAUAUCAUGUCUUGAAAGGUUUGGAAAACUUAAUGAAACAAUAAUCCCAUUAUUUCGAAGAUCUCUAGCAUAUCCAUAUUAUCGAAAUUUUGAAUUAUCCAAAAAAUGCUUGGAAGAUGUAUACAUCAUUCUGAAAUUAGGAAGAAGAGCGAUAUUAAAAGUAUUAUUGGAAUUAAAAGAUAUUUUUGAUCAUAACGAUGUUUAUUACAUUUAUUCAAAGAUAUGGUUAGAUGAUUAUUGUAUUUGGUGUCAAACUAAAGCUAGAGAAGAACGGAAACAAGUUUUUAGCCAUGCGACAUCUGAAGCGACAAAAGAGAAACCAAAUCGUAAGGAGAUGAUUGACGAUCUCGUUAAAAAUUUGCUUCAAGAUAAAAAUCAAACUCAAACUGAACGUUCAAUCAAGAAUGAAGAUUCAGAUGGGGGAAGUGGUGGUUCAGGUUCAGAGAGAGUUUCAACUUCUACAUCUGUUUCGAUUUCCACACAUUUUUCUAUAUCAUCUCCGAGUUCUUCUGUGCCUCAAAGUCCACAAGUGACAACUCCUCACGGUUGUCGUUUCAUUCCAGAAUUUGUUUCUUUUGAAGCAGUUGUAUUAGACAUUGCGCCAAAGGAAAUAGUUUUAUAUAAUAAAGAAGUACAGACUAAUGAAAAUUCAUUUGGGCCACCACCACCAAAUGAAAGAGAAAUUCGUGAAAAAAUAUUAAAAGAACUAGAAGAAAAAGAAAAACAAAGACUAAUUGAAUUAGAAGAAGGACGUUUGAAAAUUGAAGCCGAAAAGAAGAAAAAUCAAAAACUCAAAGGUGAUGAUCGAAUAAAUAAUUUGCAUAUUCCUGAUGAAAAUAAAAGUAAAAUCCUCAAUUCAUUGGAAUUCGCCGAAUUUAUUGAUCAUUCUACUAAAAUUGUGGAGAGAGCACUUAAUGAAAAUUAUGAUUUCAUGAAAGAUUAUAGUGUCAUUAAAGAUGUUGAGAGUGAUGAGAAAUCUGGAUCUCGUAUUAAAUUAUUAUGUUCAUUUUUCGAUGAUCGAUGGAGUAAAAAUCGUUCUGUUACUGAUGUAAAUUGGUCACGUAAGAAUCCAGAACUUGUUGUUUCAUCAUAUAAUAAGAAUCCAAUCGCGAUGAAUGAACCUGAUGGUGUUGUAUUAGUUUGGAAUUUACGCUUGUUGGAACGUCCGGAAUAUAUAUUUCAUUCUCAGUCGGACGUACUUACAACGUCAUUCUCAGAAUUUCAUCCUACCAUCAUUAUCGGUGGUACAUAUUCCGGUCAAAUAGUUCUUUGGGAUAUGCGAGCCAAAUCUUUACCGGUUCUCAAAUCACCUUUAUCCGCCAAUGGACAUACUCAUCCGGUAUAUUCAAUGCAGAUGGUGGGUACCCAAAAUGCCCAUAAUCUCGUUACCGCCAGUACCGAUGGUUUAGUAUGUUCUUGGCAAUUGGACAUGUUGGUUCAACCACAAGAACAUUUAGAAUUAGUUUUUGCGGAACAUAAUAAAACUGAAGAAGUUUCUGUUACCGCGCUUGGCUUUCCUGAUAAUGAAACUGCUGCAUUUUGGGUUGGUACGGAAGAAGGAAAUGUUUAUCAAGCUAAUCGAUAUGGACGAGCUGGCGGUAAAGCCGGUAUAAAUCCAUAUGAUUUUUACAAAGGACAUUGUGGACCAAUUACUGGCCUUCAUUUCCAUCCAUUAUUUGGUCCAGUUGAUUUUUCGGAUUUAUAUUUGACUUCAUCAGUAGAUUGGACUAUAAAAUUAUGGAGAGCCAAAUCAAUUUCAAAACCUUCAACAUCGAUCCAGAAUAUAUUACCUUUACAUUCUUUCGAUGAAGCUGAUGAUUAUGUAUAUGACGUUAAAUGGUCACCUUGUCACCCGGCUCUUUUUUCUUCUGUCGACGGAACCGGUAAAUUUUCUGUAUGGAAUUUGAAUGUUGACAAGGAGGUACCAAUUGUGAGCACGCAAGUGGGACAAGGUAAAGCUUUAAAUAAAAUUCAAUGGGAUAAUGAAGGACGAAGAACGGCCAUUGGAUCAUCAGAUGGUAGAGUUCAUAUCUAUGAUAUAGGCGAGCUAUCUAAACCAAGAAAUGAUGAAUGGAAUCUUUUGCAAAAAACAAUAUCAGAAUUAUCUGAAUCCACGGAAAGUCACGGAAUAAAAUUUUCUCUUUCAAAGUAA